UAUAAAUUCAAAAUUAACGCUCCGAUGAACGAAAACGCUCCAAAAAAAAAGAAAAAAAAAAAACUCUGAAAGUAAUUAUUUACGGAUUCACAAACGCCAAGACCUUGUGAAACAUAUGUUCAGUGUACAGUGCAGUAUAUUUAUAUUUAAACAGUGUCUUCACAUGGGAUUAAACUAAUAAGGUAAUACCAACAAGCUAGGAUCUCAAGCACUGAAUGUAAAUUCUAAUCUAACAGUAGUAGGUGUACUCAAAUAAUAUAUACCGUUCUUGUUGUUGUUGUUGCGGUUCUUUCAAAGUAAACGAAUAAAUCCAUGGAGAUAAGUUUUAAGACAAUGAUAGUUUCUGUUUUAGUAUGUUGUAUGUUAUGUAAUUCUGUUGUUGAAAGCAACAAUUUUAAUGGUGAUUACUAUACAAAUCAUCAAGAAAUGAUGGGUGUGCAACCUUUGUCUAAGAUUUCUAUGCACGAACUCGAACUUGGGGUUCAUGCUGAAGCUUCCAUUGAAGCUACUACUCGUCUUCUCGGAUUAAUGGGGGAGAGUAGCGAAUGGAUAAAUGUAGAGUUUAAACACCCCCAACCAACAGCAGAUGAUUGGAUCGCAGUGUUUUCUCCAGCUACUUUCAAUGCUUCAACAUAUGUGCCAACCAUGGGAAAUCCUGCUAGUCUUAGUCCAGUGUUGGUUUCUUCUCCAAUCAAGUACCAAUUCGCAAAUUAUUCAACUCCUGAUUAUGUAAAUACGGGGAGUGGAUCUUUGAAGUUCCGUCUGAUCAAUCAGAGAUAUGACUUUGCAUUUGGAUUGUUUUCUGGCGGGCUUGCCAAGCCGAAGUUAAUAGCUACUUCAAACAAGAUCUCUUUUGCAAACCCAAAGGCACCUCUUUAUCCUCGUCUUGCUCUUGGAAAGUCUAGGGACGAAAUGACUGUAACUUGGACAAGUGACUAUGACAUAGACGAGGCUGUCCCUUUCGUUCAAUGGGGGCUCCAGGGUGAAGAACAAGUUCGGUCUCCAGCAGGAACAUUAACAUUCAGUCAAACCAGCAUGUGUGGUCCACCUGCAAGAACUGUUGGUUGGAGAGAACCAGGCUUCUUCCAUACAAGUUUCUUAAAGAACUUGUGGCCAAAUCUAAAAUAUACAUAUAAGUUGGGUCAUAGAUUGAUGGAUGGUACAUAUGUUUGGAGUAAAAACUAUUCAUUCACUGCACAACCAUAUCCUGGGCAGAAUUCGUUGCAGCGCAUUAUCAUCUUUGGAGAUACUGGGAAAGCAGAACGAGAUGGAUCGAAUGAGUAUCAAAAUUACCAGCCAGGAUCUCUCAAUACCACUGAUACACUUAUCAAGGACUUGGGUAAUUAUGAUAUAGUCUUUCACAUUGGUGACAUGCCUUACGCAAAUGGUUUUCUAUCCCAAUGGGACCAAUUCACAGAAAUGAUUGAACCCAUUGCCUCCGCUGUACCUUACAUGGUUGCUAGUGGUAAUCACGAACGAGACUGGCCAAAUUCGGGAUCCUUUUAUAACAGAGGAGACUCCGGUGGUGAAUGUGGUGUACCUGCUGAAACAAUGUUCUAUGUACCCGCGGAAAAUCGUGCGAACUACUGGUAUUCUGUCGAUUAUGGUAUGUUUCGAUUUUGCAUUGGUGACUCAGAACAUGACUGGAGAGAGGGAACCGAGCAGUACAAAUUCAUUGAGAAAUGUUUUGCAACAACAGACAGGCAAAAACAACCAUGGCUUAUCUUUGCUACUCAUCGUGUUCUUGGCUAUUCAUCUAAUGACUGGUAUGCUCAACAAGGUUCAUUUGAAGAACCCAUGGGAAGAAGUAGUCUUCAGAAGCUGUGGCAGAAAUAUAGAGUUGACAUUGCUUACUAUGGUCAUGUUCACAGCUAUGAGAGAACAUGCCUAAUUUAUGAGAAUAUCUGCGUGAGCUCAGAAACUUCACACUUCUCAGGGCUAUGGAAUGGAACGAUUCACGUUGUUGUAGGAGGGGGUGGAAGCCAUCUAUCAAGUUUCUCAUCCCUAAAGACAAAGUGGAGUUUGUACCAAGAUUAUGAUUUUGGAUUCGUAAAAAUGACUGCAUUCAACCACACAUCUCUCCUUUUUGAAUACAAGAAAAGCAGGGAUGGGAAUGUUUAUGAUUCGUUCACAAUCACAAGGGAAUACAUGGAUGUUCUUGCAUGUACCAUAGGCAGUUGUGCAGCCACUACUCUAGCCGGCUAAUUGCCUAGCCUGUAAUCUUUUACACUUUUCACCAAGUGAAAACCUUAGUGAAAGUUCUAGCCUAUUUUUGAGAUUGGAUGUAUUCAAGUUCUGUGAAAAAUCUGCAUCUGUCAAGCAGUAGUAGUGUA